AUGGCGCCCUCACAACUAAAGCAGCUGAAACAAUCCCUCCGAGAUAAUGGCGUCCUGGGUCCCCAAAAGUCCAAGAAACAGAGAAAAUCGACCGCCAAAGACGCCCAGAAACGACUCCAACGCAAUGCUGCCCUCGAGGGCAUUAGGGAUCGCUUUAAUCCCUUCGAGGUCAAGGCUCCUGCUCGGAAAGAAAAAUAUCAAGUUGCAAGCAGUCGAGUUACCAAAACAUCCAUUGAUCGGCCUGGUGUCACUCGAGGAUUUGGUGAAGAAAGGCGGCGAGACACCCUCUUGAAAGAGAUGCAGAGCCGGAACAAAGUCGGUGGAAUGGUUGACCGUCGCUUUGGCGAAGAUGAUCCUAAUAUGACCCCUGAACAAAAAGCUGCUGAAAGAUUUGCUCGCCAAAAUGAGAGAAAAGCCAGGAAAUCCUCGAUGUUCAAUCUCGAGGAUGAAAGUGAUGAAGAGAUGGCCCUCACACACGGAGGCAGAACCCUUGACUUUGGCACUAGCACUCAGGACGAUUUCGAUGAGAAAGACGUUGGAUCAUCAGAUGAAGAUACAGACAGGCCCAGUAAAAGACAGCGUCUGGCUGCGGAGAACGCCAACGACGAGGAAGACGAUGGACUGCUUCCACGGAGGAAAACCAAGAAUGAAGUUAUGAAGGAAGUCAUCGCCAAGUCGAAGCUCUACAAGGCCGAAAGGCAGGCUGCAAAGGCAGACGACGAUGACAUCAGAGCAGAGUUGGACAAAGGCAUGUCUGAAUUUUACGAAGCCCUGAGGAGCCACAAACCUCCUGAGAAGAAGCCCUUACCUGAGAAGACUCCGGCCGAUGACCCUCACAUGGACCCAUCUAGGGCCGCCAUGCUCGCAGGUAAGAGCAGGAAAGAGGCUGAGAAAGAAUACGAAGCCAACCUCCGACAAUUGAAGUUGGACGCUCGUUCAAAACCGAGCGUUCGCACCAAGACCGACGAAGAGAAAGCCACUGAGGAAGCUGCCAGACUCGAAGACUUGGAGCGAAAGCGCAUCCGAAGAAUGAAAGGCGAACCUGAUAGCUCUGAAGAUGAACAGGAUGAGGAAUUAGGACCUGAUGAGGACUUUGAGAGGGAAGAAGAGGAUGCCGAUGAUGCUCAAGCUUUUGGUCUCUCAGCACGUCAGAAUGCCCCUGUUCCGAGAAAAGAGCUUGAUGUGGAGGACGAGGACGACUUUGUGCUUGAUGAUGACCUGAUAGCUUCUGAUUCGGAUGCGGAUAUGGCUAGUGAACAAGACGAAGACGAUUCUGGGGUCGAGAGUGAUGAAGAGGACGACGGCGAUGACGACUUUAUAAACGGUCUGGUCCUUCCAAGAGAUGGAAAAUCAUCCGUCAAACCGAACAAGACAGAAAAGAAGACAGGUGGCAGCAGUAACCUUGCAUAUACUUUUCCCUGUCCCCAGUCUCACGAAGAAUUGUUGGAGAUCACUAAGGACACCGAUGUCAGAGAUCUACCGACGGUUGUUCAGAGAAUACGCGCUCUGUACCAUAAAGGACUUGCCGAAGGCAACCAGGACAAGUUGGACAUAUUCGGUGGCGUUCUUACCCAACAUGUGGCAUAUCUAGCGGAUUAUCACAUCGAUGUGCCAUUCUCAGUCUUGGAUCUUCUCAUCCGACAUCUUCAUUCCAUGGCCAAAGGCUCGCCUCAAGCAAUCGGAGCCGCUUUCCGCGAUCACCUUGAGAUCGUCUCCGAGAAUAGACCACUUCUGCUGUCUCCUGGAGACUUGAUCAUGCUGACAGGCAUUUCAACCAUUUUUCCUACUUCAGAUCACUUCCAUUCAGUGGUCACGCCAGCCAUGCUCACCAUCACUCGCUAUCUUGGACAAAGCCCAAUACAAUCAUUACAAGAUCUUGGAAGGGGGGCAUACUGUUGCUCGUUGGCUCUUCAAUAUCAAGCCUUCGCCAAAAGAUACGUUCCAGAAGUGAUAACAUAUCUGGUGAACGCGAUUAGCAUCCUAGCACCAGUCCCACUACCACCGAAGGACAAAACAGGAAACCAACUCCUCGUUCCUGUUCGUCUGCCUGGGGAGUCUCUGCGUAUAAAGGCUGCAAAGCCCAUGGAUGAUCUACCAAAAUUACCGUUCAAAGACCUCGUGAUGACUCGAGGUAACCCAAUCACGAGCAGUCAUGCCAUUGCACUUCUCCAUACUUUCAUUCGCCUGUCUCUACAAUCUGCCAAUCUCUGGAAUUCCAAGACCUCCUCACCAGAAAUAUUGUCUCCAAUGAUCCAAGUGAUCUCUCACAUCGCCUCAAUCACAACUAAACUCCCUUCACAAACCAUUACGCUGGCCAAAUCCACCCUCAACACUCUGCAAUCACAGAAAACUUCAAACAUCGAUUCUCGCCGCCCACUCCUUCUUCACAACCACCGCCCAUUGGCCAUCAAAACCUCCAUCCCACAAUUCAUCGAGAACUACAAUCCGGACAGACACUACGAUCCCGACCGUGAGAGAGCAGAUUUGGCGAAACUUAAGGCAGAGCAUAAGAAGGAACGCAAGGGCGCGAUGCGGGAGUUGCGUAAAGAUGCCUCGUUCAUGGCUCGUGAACAGUUGCGUGAGAAGAAGGAGAAGGAUGCAGCGUACGAGAAGAAAUAUAAGAGGCUUGUUGCUGAGAUCCAGGGUGAGGAGGGCCGUGAAGCGAAGGAUUAUGAGAGGGAGAAGGCGAAGAGGAAGGGCAGGUUCUAA